GUUUCGCAGUAGAAACCAAUGUUGACUUAAAUUGCUGGGAUGAAAGAAAUCUGGAGCAUUACACUGUCCGUUUCUUAUUUUCAAUUUCAGACUGUCUUAACUUCACGCUUGUGUUACUUAUAAUUGUUUUUGGUUGCUUUAGUUAUUAAAUAUAAUCACACUUACUGACCUUAACAAUUCCCCAGCACACAAGGUAACUUCAAGCUAGACACAAACCUGCCAAAGGCUAAACGUUGCAGAGAAUGGAUUUUGGUUCUGAUGUAGAGUCCAUAACACUUGUUGAGUGUGCUACUUGUGGCCGACAUUUUCAGGAAGACAUAAUUAAUCGACAUAAAGUGGUAUGCAUUAAGAAUUCUACAAAGAAGAGAAAACCUUUUGAUAGCACUAAACAACGAUUACAAGGUAUAGAGGAAAAGAACCAAAACAUAUUAGGAGGAGCAUCUGGGAUUAAAUCAGUUGAAACUGCACGAAAAAUAGCUCAAGUUGAAGCACGCAAACAUCAGUGGAGAAAAAAGCAUGAAGAAUUUAUCAGUGCAAUUAGGGCUGCAAAAGAGUAUACAGUUGCAAAACAGACUGGUAAACCUUUGCCACCUCCUCCACCGCCAGCUAUUGAUCCAGAUUUAAUUCAAUGUGAAUACUGUCUAAGAAGAUUCAACGAGAAAGCUGCUGAACGUCAUAUCAAGUUUUGUCGUGAAAAACACUCACGUUUACCAACUAACAAUGCAUCAUCUAACACAACCGGUAUCGGUCGUCUACGUGCUACCACACGUACAACGGCUCCAGCUAAUAUUGAUCCUACAAUACGAAAAAACAGAAAAGGCUCAAGUACUUCUUAUACACAAAAUAAUUAUGGAUUACAUACUAACGAUGAGAAUCAUAGUCGAACGUUACAUAAUACAAAUUCAACACGAAAUACAAAACAUGGAAUACCACAACUAGUCAAACCAACACAAAAUCCUUCAAUCACCGGUGUUCGAAAUUCUAGUGAAUUACGUAAAAAUCAGGAUGAAAUGAUAAAAUCACAUAUCUCAUCAAAUAACCCAAAAGAAGAGACACUACAUAGCAAUAAUAAACGAGGCUUGCCGUCAAGUCAAAUGCGACAACCAACACAUACAAGCAAAACAACUAGUUAUGCACAAAACAGCUCGAAAGGAGUAACAAAUGAUAAAUCAAAUAAAGUUUGUUCUGAAUGUGGUUAUAAAUUUCCAACUUCAGCUGUAAGAUUUUGUCCUGAAUGUGGUGUACGACGUAUGGUAGUUUAAUUGUCAAGUACAUACAUACAUUUCCUUUUGAAACUAUUAUAUUGUAUUGUAAGAAUAAUAUUCCUCAUUAAUAAUACCAAUAAAAACUGACAAUUUCUGUUAAUGCAGGUAAUUAGACUUGAACUUUUAUUUUUCUCUCAAUGUAUGUCAUAUAAAUUUUAUGUAGAUCAUGUGUUUCAAAGAGAUUUUACUAUUCAGUACACGUAAAAUAUCGCUCAAAACAAAUAAAUUGAUGUAAUUUUAUUAUAGAUCUUUAAAAUAUUUCAUAUUGAUGAAUGUCGUCUCCUUCACAGUGUUGUCAUUCAUGUCACCAUAUAUAAUAAAUUUAAAACAUUUGCACAUAACCAUGUAUGCAAUACAUAUCAUUAGACUACUGAUAAAGAAUUCUUAAAUUUCAUUCAGUGUUAUACUACUGUAGAUGUGUAUUAUAAGUAGUUUUGUGUACUCAAUGUUUAUCCGUUAGAUUUUAUUCAUAUUUAUCAUUCACAAUAUUCAUAUUCCUUCUUUUUGUUUCUAUAAAGAUUCAUUUUCUACGAAAAUCAUAUUUCAUUUCCUUUAACAUUAUAACACUAUUAAUGCAUAAACAAUAGUUUUUAAAAAAUAUACGUAUAAUCUGUGAUUUUUAUCCAUGGGUUCUUUUGAGAAAUUAAAAUAUACAAUGUAAACUCCAAUGUUUUUACAAAUUGUUUCCAAUAUCACAAUCAUAAAUAUCAUCUGUUCACAAUUAUUUUAUUGAUAAUUAAAAUUAAACGAGCUUCAAUAACUAUCUUCUUUUGGUUUAAGCACCCAGGUAGUAUCAUAACGCACACACACACACAUACAAAUCAAGUGACUUGUGUGGUGCAUAUGUAUU